GUGUGUGUGUGUGUGUGUGUGUGUGUGUGUGUGUUGGACUAAACCCGUCCUCCGUCCGGCGGCGGCGCUGAUUCACUAAAAGCCGGCUCUAAAACGCAAGAAGAAGAAUCAGUGUUUGCCAUCUUGCGUUAGGUUCAGUCCGUCGCUCAGCAUCACGUUUUAUAUUUAAAAACAGGAGAUAUAACCCGAAAGAUUGUACCUCGACAGUCGCAGCUUUAGUGUUGAUUAUAAAUAAACGAGUCUGGACCAAAACGCGGAGAGUACUGCUGUGAUCCUGAGCGCGAUGAAGACCCGCUUCCAGACAGGCCAGAACAUCUCCAGCUUCAUCAUCUGAAGUCUUCAUCACCUUCCGCUGAGAAGAUGGACUUUAUUAAAGAGGAGAGUGAAGAAAUAAGGAUCCCCGAGCCUUGCCGAGUGAAAGAUGAGGAACCAGAGGAACCUGGAGGCCUGAUGCAAGUGAAAGAGGAGAGUGAGGAGGAGAGCGAAGAAGAAAGCGAGGACGAAAGCCAUCCUCUGGAGGAUCCUCAGCUCGUCCUCAAUGGACAGAGGAUCUUGAGCUGCUCAGAGUCCGGGAAGGGCUUGUCUCACAAGAGAGCUCAGCGAACAGCCGGCUUUUUCUUCACCUGCCUCGAAUGCAAACAGAGCUUCGAGUCCAAAGAGCACCUGAUGGACCACUUCAGGAUCCACUCCGGAGAAAGCUGCGCGGAGAUCGAAGCCAACCUGGCGCAGAAAGCGUCUCAGAGAACGGCUUGCAAGCUGCCCUUCACCUGCUUCCAGUGCCAGAAGAGCUUCGCGUGUAAAGAGCACCUGAUGGAUCACUACCGGAUUCACACCGUGGACAGACCGUUCCCGUGCGAUCAGUGCGACAAGAGCUUCAUUCACAAACAGAGCCUUAAGAAUCACCUCCGCGUCCACACCGGCCUGAGGCCUCACGUCUGCCAGCAGUGCGGGAAGAGCUACAUCCACAAAGACAAUCUGACCGACCACAUGCGGAUCCACACCGGAGAGAAGCCGUUCGGCUGCGAUCAGUGCGGGAAGAGCUUCACACACAAAGGAAGCCUCCUGCAUCACAUGAAGAUCCACACCGGACUCAAGCCCUUCACCUGCCGGCAGUGCGGGCGCAACUUCACUCAUAAAGGAAACCUGAAGAUCCACAUCCGCAUUCACUCCGGAGAAAGACCCUUCACCUGCCCUCAGUGCGGGAAGAGCUUCAUUUACCACGGGAACCUGGUGGGCCACAUGAAGAAGCACUCGGGGGAGAAGAUGUACCACUGCACUCAGUGCGGCAAGAGCUUCAUCGAGGCUCGCCAUCUGCAGAAGCACGUGAAAACGCACGCCACCGAGCGGCCCUUCGUCUGCUCGCAGAGCGGCAGAGGCUUCCUGUGGCACCACAACUUCAAAGAGCACCAGAAGAUCCACACCGGAGAGAAGCCGCACGUGUGCUUCGACUGCGGGAAGGCCUUCACCAGACUCAUCUACCUCAAGCGGCACCAGAGGAUUCACACGGGAGAGAAGCCGUACAAGUGCGCUCGCUGUGUGUGCUUCACCGUCUCCGACUCGCUCAAAGCACACGAGCGAGUGCACACCGGGGAGAAACCCUACGAGUGUCCUCUCUGCGGGAAGUGCUUCGGCCGGCUGAGUACGCUGCUGACCCAUAAGAAGAAGCACUGUCCCAAACUGACCAAGUGAAUGUCUCUCUCCGUGCGUUGUAUCUGCAUUAAUAUCCUAUGAGGAGGAGGAGUUAAAAAUCAGAUUUGCAUCGGCGUCUUGGUAAUGGAUGUGAAUGGGUGCCGUCAGAAGGUCCAAACAGUCCAUCAGUUAACAUCUAGAGUAGACAAAAGAUGAAACUAAUCCAACAUUAAGAUGUUUUUAAAGUGUCCAGAUUAUGGGUUUUUUCAUGCAGUGUGUAACGCAGCUCUAAGUGAAUGAAAACAAAAUCCAAGUGGUUUGGUGUUAACGUAAGUCACAGCAGUCGCUGAGAGAAUCGUUCUUUGGAUCGUUGAGCAAAUAUGAUCAAAAUAAAUGCGCAUCCCAAAACAAUUUUUACUUUGAAUGCAGUCAGGCUGUUGUUGGAGACAUACUCCAUAAUAACUCUUCUUCCAGUAAAAAAAAAAAAGUAGCCUCUCUUACAACAAAACGACUUGCUUGGAUUACUUUCAGCUUCUGUCUUCUCCAGAUGUUAACGGAUAGACUGGAGUGCUAUUGGGUUUAGGGUCUGACGGCACCCAUUCACAUCCAUUGCAGAGGCUCAUCGUUUCAGCACAUUCUCAUUGUUGGAUGAACGGCUCCUUCAGCGGUUUCAUUUACUUGAUCCUGUUCGUUGUAAAGUGAUGCAUGGAACAAAACACCUGUAUUGGAAGCUUUUAUAGUGAGCUUCCAGAACUGGGACCUUUCUUACAAACCUUUCUUCUGUUGAACACAAACGGAGAUGUGUAGCGGAGUGUUUCUUAUUAACGACCUGGAGCCACAGAAACGCUGUAAAGCUGCUCCAGUGUUAAGAACAGAGACGUGGGUCAUUAUUGCUCUGCUGUAACUCUAGGAUCUCUUUAAACGUCUAUCAGAGCGUGGCGUGUUCAGGGACGGAGGAUGUCUUUAAUAAUGAAACAGCUGGUGUUUUUUAAAGAAUCAAUGAUUUCUAUUCUACACUGAAAUAAGGUUAUUUCAGGCACACUGGUUUUCAUGCGCAUAAAUCACUCAAGCCUUGUGUUUAUGAUUGAUUAGAGUACAUUAAAUACAUAAUUUAGUUGUCUCAUAACCAAGGCCACAAAUGCUUAGAGAGCAAACUGUACAGGAUGAAUUUAACAAAUAAAAAAGGAGCAAAAUGUG